AUGAUUUUUGUCGGUUCCCCUCCCUUCACACGACGCCUCUCCUCGCUCCCCCAGCAGCCAGAGAGAGAAGACGCAGAAGGACCUCUCGUCGCAGCCGGGGGCUGUGGCCACGAGAUGUUAUGGGCUUGGGGAGUCGGUCGAAGCCUCGUCACGUGGGUCGUCCUCCUGCCGUUGGUGCUGGGGGGACUCGCCCUCAGGGUGGCGGUGGCGGUCGCCCUGAGGGCGAGGGCGAGGGCGAAGGGGAGGAGGAUGAGGAUGAUGCCGGCGCACGACGUCAUCUACUGCACGGAGUUGAAUCAUCACAGCGAGCCGGUGAGCCUGGUGAUGACGCUGGCGGGGGCGGUGGAGGCGGAGGGGGUGAAGGACAGGGUGGUGGAGGCGUUGGAGAGGGGAAACCCGCAGGUGAGGGAGAAACUCGGGAUGUUCGUGGACGACUUCCUCGGGUUCAAGAUCUGGUGCGAGGAGUCGGACUUCUCGGUCGACGACCACGUUCUGUGUCUCCCUCCGGCGAGGGACGAGUGGGAGCUGGACGCGGUCGUGGCGGCGCUGCCGUCGACGACCCCCGAGGGUCGAUCUCCCUGGUGCAUCUACGUCGUCCCGCUUUCCUCUUCGGCCCAGACGGCGCUGGUCUUCCGGUUUCACCACUGCCUCGGGGACGCCCAGGGCAUCCUGAGGGGUCUGGUCCGGAGGCUCCUCGACUCCGACACCUCGUGGACCUCGAAGGAGAACAAAGUGACCUCCGAACUCGGCUUGAUGCGGCAGUUGUUCGCCCUCUUCCUCCUCCCGAGCCUCACGGCCGACACCGUGUUCCUCAACCCCUGGCGGAUGGCCAAGAAACUGACCCGUCGGAAACUCGAGCCGGACCACGUCCAGGUCCUCGCCCACUCCGAGCCCAUCCCCCUGAGCACCAUCUCCGCCGUCAAGCGCGCCACCGGCGCCACCGUCAACGACGUCUUCACCGCCGCCGUCCAGCACAUCCUCGACGCCGACCGCCGCGCCUUCGUCGUCUCCCUCCGCCGCAACACGGACGAGACCAUGAGCAACGUCACGACCGUGAAGCGAUCCCACGCCCCCUCCCACCCCUCCCCCGACUCCCUCCGGUACCUCACCGACCUCAAGACCACCGUCGACAAAGAAAAGUCCUCCGUCCGCAUCAACGCCAUGUACAUGGCCGAGACCAUCUACAGCACCGUCACCCCCAUCUGGCUCCUCAAAUACCUCGUUCACGCCAUCCGGUCCGUGGACUACACCACCUCCAACGUGAACGCCACCUAUCUGGGGGGUCAAGCUCGUCUCCUCGACAAGGAAAUAUCGGCUCUGUAUUUCAUCGGUCCCUAUAACAGGUUUCAAGAAAACUUCGUGAUGCUGACGACCUUUGGGAAUUCCGGGAGGCUCUCCCUGCGAGCGCGACAGGAGGUGGUGAAGGACGCGAGGGAGGCGAAGAACAUCCUCAACAACAUCGUCAAGUGGAUCGAGGACCUCCACUCCAGGGUGCAAGGACGCCCUCCCUUCCUUAUUCGGGGAUCUGAUCUCUCGCAGCUCGCUGUCGACCAGCUGCCGAAAAUCGUGGUCGUCUGAGUUUUAUUUGAUUUGAUUUUUUUUUUCCAGUUUUACUUCGUGAAUUAUUUUGUACGCAUUAGAACUAAUAAAGGGUUCGAUAGUU